AUGGAUCUCUGGGAGAGGGCCCGGGCCUUCGCCGGCGAGGCGGCGAAGCGGUCGCAGGAGCUCUCCGCGGAGGCGGCCAAGCGCUCGUCGGCGCUGGUCUCGGAGACGGCGAAGAAGUCCAAGGAGAUCUUCUCCGAGACCGCCUCCAAGUCGCGGGAGAUCGCCGCCGAGGCCACCAAGCAGGCCGACCUCCUCGCCGGCCAGAUCAUGCACCUCGCCUCCGACCUCCCCGUGCCCUCGAUCCCGCCCAUCCCCGCGAUCCCGCCUAUCGCCGCCGCCGCCUCGUCGGAGCCCGACGCGGCCGAACUUGAGCGCUACGGCGUCACCGACGACCUCCGCGAGUUCGUCAAGGGCAUGACCAUAAGCACCUUCCGCGACUUCCCACUGCAAGAUGAGCCUGAGGUGUCUGAUGUGCCAACGGUGUCGAAUGUGCGUCAGGAUCUGAACGAGUGGCAGGCCAGGCACGCCACACUUGUCCUCUCGGCAGUCAAGGAAAUAUCAAAGUUCAGAUAUGAACUAUGCCCAAGAUACAUGAAAGAGCGCAAAUUUUGGCGGGUAUAUUUUUUGCUAGUAAACAGCUAUAUAGCCCCGUUUGAGAAGAAAUACUUCGAGGAGCUGAAAGUGAAAGCAGAGGAAGAGAAAAAGGAUUCCCAGAAGGAAGCAUCCCAGGCAUCUACAACUGCAGAACCGAAAGACACAAAAGCGCCAAGCAAGACCUCUUCAACAAAUCCAGAACAUGAUCUGGAUGUAUUUCUGUUGGGGGAUCUGGGUAGCGACGAUGAGGGACCUGUUGAUGGUGAUGAUGGGCUAGAUGAUGACUUUGAUAAGAUUGAUGCAACCUCGGGUUUGGAAAGUGAUGACGAUGACAAAAAACCAGCAACAGGGAAGGCAGAAGAUGCGAAGUAG